UGUGCUGCGUCGAGCCAUCUGACUGACUUGUUGAGUGUACAAAACAAAUACUACUAAAAAACCCAGUCAGAUCAAAAUAUCAAAUGUGUUUCUUGGCCUUUGGGUCUCCUCCAACCCCGUAGGCUGCUCUUGGCCUUUUCUACAUUUUUUCUCCCACUCCACAGUCUAUACACCCACUCUUUUGGAGGGCGGGGGGAGGAAAAUGUAACACAAACAAAUGCGCAAGUAGCAUGCAAUUGACUACAGUACAACAAACAAGUCCUUAUAAAAUGACCACAAUUAUCACUCCUAUUAAUUACACAUUCCUCUUUUAGGCCUCCUCCACCCGACUUCCCUUGUCUUUCUCCCUUCCAAGGCUUCAACUUUAUCCAUCAUCAAUUUAACUUGCUACAACUGCAGCAGCACUAUGGAAAACCAGAGGGGUCCUCUUCUGAAUUGGGCUUACUUCUACCAAGGAAAGGGCAUGGAUGAACUGAGGCAAUCACUUCUGCUGACUACUAUGGAGCUGGAGAACGCAAGGCUAAAAGCACAAGAGGAGCUCAAAAUGAGAGAUGAUCAGCUAUUUCAGCUCAAAGAUUUGCUCAGCAGAACCAUCAAAGAAAGGGAUGAAGCACAAGAACAAUGCCAAAGACUUGUGCUUGAUAAGCUACUGCUCCAGCAGCAGCAGCUGAUGCUUCAGCGCCAGAAUCAGCAAUCAGCACCCCUCUCUGGAAUUUCAAGCAUCGAAGAUGAGCCCAGAAGAGGAGGAGGAAUGGACUCCAACAACGGCUUUUCUUCCUCCGACUGCGAAGAAAGCAUUGUUUCAUCGCCAAUUAUUGAGCAAAAUCCGCCGCAGGAAUUGACUCAUCAGCUUCAAGUUCAACCACAACAUCCCACAACAGAAUUAGACCCAACAUUGCCUAUUUUGACAGACAGGCCAUUGCCUGAAAAAGGGAAGUUCUUGCAAGCUGUUAUGAAAGCUGGACCGUUGCUUCAGACACUUCUUUUAGCUGGCCCUCUCCCACAGUGGCGCCACCCCCCACCACCACUCGACUCCUACCAGAUUCCACCGCCACCGGUGGUCGUUCCACCACCACCUACACCUCCAACACUAUCGGGUCACUCCCUAAAUCAAGAUUCUUUACUCACCAUUGCUGCCUAUAACAGUAACAUUAACAACUGUGGCAGAAUGAACAGGAAAAGGGGUUACUUUGAAGGCUCUGAUUCUUCAACUGAAGCCAAGUAUCAAAGGCUCGUUCUUCAAUGACUAGUAGUGCCGUUAAUCUACUUCCACCCCAUAAAGCAGAGUGAUACAAGUAGUUCUUUUCUUAGAGGAGGCUUGGAGUACGAUUUUGGAACCUGGGGUCAACUGAUCAUAUACUAGCAUUCUGUACAUAGUUCAGAAAUUCUUGAGUUAAGAGGCUGAAAAGAUCAAAGUUAAUCAGCUGUAGGAGAAGACUAGGGAGACAGGGAUGUUUGUUGUGGUCCUGUUUUUUUACUUUUUAGCUUGUUUCUGCCUCAGUAUUGGUUGGUUUGUCUGCUUCACCAAUGUCAAAAUUCCCUCUACCUUGUGCAAAGGGGAUUUGAUUUUCCAAUAUAAUUCCAAGGGGAUAUUUUGCAGA